UUUUAGACAGAAAUUGGAAAACACAUAUGACUUAUAACUUUGAAUGGUAUAAAAAAAAUAUAACAAUUGUACGUUUAAUGAUGAAUAAAAAUAUGUUCAAAGCAAUUCAGUGGAUUAAAAUAUUUAAGUUUUAACUAUAGAUUAGAAUGCGUCUUUUAAAAUCAUUUGGCAUAAAUCGCUAUUCUACUUUCAUACAUCACAUUAUUUUUGUGUUAUUAUUAUAUAACAUUUACCUCUCACUUACAUUACUUAAAGCAAGUUCCUUAUCAAAAACGGAUUGUGGUAAUGAGAAAUCAAACACAUCAUAUUUUCAUAUUAAACUGUCUAAUGGCCGAUGGGAUAGUAGACGUAUGGUUAAAACGUUUGACAAUGUCAUAAUAGCAGAACAAGAACCAAGCGGAAUGGUAUGUUUAGCUACACAAUGUUCAGUAGAUAGAUUACAUUCUAUUGUAGAACUAGCAAAAAAUUGGAAUGGAUCAAUAUCGACAGCAAUUUACGUAGCUGGUGAAGAAUUAUAUUAUUUACAAGAUUAUGUAAGAUUUCUACGACGAUGUUAUCGAUCGGUUCGUCAAACAGUUACUUUUCAUCUUGCCCUACCUGCAAAUCAAUUUCCACAAUCUACUCAAUCAGGUUUUACAACAGAUCAGUUACCAUGUCACCAGGAUCCAAUUAUUGUUUUAUCAAAUUUGAUGAAGCAAUUACCAGAAACUCUUAAACGAUGGAGAAUUCGCAUGCCUUAUCCUCAAAAUCAUCUGAGAAAUCUAGCUCGUUUAAAUUGUCAAACUCACUAUGCAUUGGUUACAGACAUUGAUAUUAUUCCUAGUAUUGAUUCAGCAAUAUUACUCAAUACAUUUUUGUCUGAAAGACCAAAAUGUUUAAAAUGUGUAUAUGUCUUGCCCACAUACGAAGUUCAUAAAUCAGCUGACCCACCAAAAAACGUUACAGAGUUGAUAAAAUUAAAAUCUACUGGGCUUGCAAGAUAUUUCCAUAUGGAAGUCUUUAAAUUGAACCAGAUGCCAACUAAUUUUCUAAUGUUUGAAAAAAGUUCAAAAAAAUUAAGCGGUUUACACAUCAGCCAUAAAGUACCCAAAUAUCAAUUGUAUUAUGAACCAUUUUAUGUGUCAUUAAACAAUGUUCCAAUCUAUGAUGAAAGAUUCAUUGGAUAUGGUUAUACCAGGAACUCACAGGUGUACGAAAUGUUUGCAGCUAAAUAUCAAUUUGAAGUACUUGCAAAUAUUUUUACGUUCCAGCAUAGUUUCGCAUCCCAGAAAAGAAAAUCUAACUAUCGAGAAAUUCAAUAUGCAGAAAAUUUAGCAUUAUUCACUAAAUUUAAAAAGGAAAUAGCUGCACGAUAUUUACUAAGCCAUUAUUUAUGAAUUCAAAAAUUAUUUUGUUACUUUUUUCUAAUUUUAUUCACAAUAUUUUUGCAAUUGUAUGAAUUUGUUAUUAGAAUUUUAAUUAGUACAUAGGCACUAAGCUGAUCAAAGAUAAUUUAAAUUCAAAUUAUUUUUUAAUUAUUAUUCUAAGGUUUUUGCUUUGAUUCUAUGGUAAAAUUUUAAUAAAAACAAGUUCAAGAUAUGUUCCAAAAUUUAAAGUUAUAUAUCUUUUUCUAAAUAGUAUAAAAAUAUUAAUUGUUUAUCGCACAAUUAGAAUUUUAAACAAAUAAAUAAAACAAUGUUUAUGUAAAUAAUAUGAGAUUUAUAUAUUAUAAUAUGAAUUUUUGGAGACCGAUAACAAUACUAAAUUCAUUGUAGUAUUUUUUUUUUAUCC